GGGGGCCCAGAUCAAAUAUGGGCCUCCACGUAGACGGAAGGUGGAAAUUUGGGGAGCACCUCAAUCGGCUGACGCCCAGGUUGGAUAAGGCGGCGAGCACCUUAUCGCGCCUGAUGCCCAACCUGGGCGGCCCGCGUGGGAAGAUACGGCGGCUCUAUGCAAAUGUUAUCAACUCGAUAGCAUUGUAUGGAGCCCCGAUAUGGUCGACCGCCCUGACAGAGAAUCGAAGGGCCAUUGCGGUCUUAAACAAGACCCAACGACGCAUGGCAGUCAGGGCGGUCCGAGGUUACAGGACCAUUUCCCACGCGGCAGCCACACUGAUGGCCGGGAUGCCCCCGAUAGCCAUGAACGCCCGGGCACAUGCUCGGGUGUACGAGCAGGUGGCAGAGCGGAGGGCGAGGGGGAUCCCGGUACCGCCGAGGGUGAGGAGGCUCCUCAGUCUCCGCAUAAGGGAGGAGGUGAGGGAGGAGUGGCGAGCCUGGUUGGCCGAACCGGGCCGCGCGGGUAGAAGAACGGUUCAAGCCAUCCUCCCUCACCUAGACGACUGGGUUGACCGGUCGUGGACGCGGGCGUCAUAUAGGACGACGCAGGUACUCUCCGGGCACGGCUGCUUUGGGGAGUACCUGCACAGGAUACAAAGGGAACCCGACCCAGGGUGCCACCACUGCACCGAGGAGAGGGACACGGCGUAGCACACGCUGGACAGCUGUCCAGCGUGGGCAGAAGAGCGCCGUGCCCUCACUGAUGAAAUAGGAGGGGACCUCUCGCUGCCGGCCGUGGUGAAGGCCGUAACAGAGAGGGAAGAAGCGUGGGAGGCCUUCGCUCUCUUUUGUGAGCGUGUUAUGGCUCAAAAGGAGCAAGCGGAGAGAGAGAGAAGAGGGGAAGUAAACGUUCCCCCGGACCCCGGAGGGAAUGGUGGCCAAAGGGGAGGGCAACGAAGGAGAGCCCCCCGAGGAACGCCAGCACAUCUGCGUAGAUGGUAGGUGUCACCCUCGCCAACGAAGGCGAACGUCGUAAGAAGAGGAGGAGGUAGUCCGAGGCGAAAUAGGAACUCGGACUAGGAGCACCACCGCGCUGGUGCUGAACGAGAGCGGAAGGGGGAGUCAAGGCG